GGGGGAGGGGGAAAUAAUGGGCUUGGUUCUUAAGAGCUGUUAGGGCGGUGGUAGCGUGCGUAGAGGAGUGAUAUCGGGGGUACUUUAAGCUUUCUCGCAGCGUUUCCGCUGCUUUCCACGAGACGAGAGGUGGGAGUCUCUCGCUUACUAUGGUGUGGCCUUCUCCCUCUCGGUUCCUGGCGUGGCAGUUGCUGUGAAGGAAGGCCGCGGUCUGGACUGGUGGUCCUUCCCCACUCAACAGGGCAGACAAAGGAAACAAUACGAUGAGGCUUCUGUAGCCCUCGCUGGGAACGAGGGGGGUCGUAUGGGGCUUCGCAGCGGUUGAUGUAUCGAUCGUGAUUCAGAGCAAAAGUUCCCUGUUCAGCCACGCCAGUCUUCUUCCAUGCCAGCUCAUCUUAAGGCAUGCAGGAAUAGCCUGCUCCUGGGCCUUUAUGAAUUCCUUCUUCAAGAGCAUUCAGCCUUCCUGGACUCCUCUAACUUUUGGGACUGACUCCCAAGGGACCUUCCCUACCAGUGUCCUGAACAAUUCAAAGUCUGCCCUCCGGAAGUCCAAGCAUCAAGAUGGCUCAGGAGACAAACCAGACCCCAGGGCCCAUGCUGUGUAGUACAGGAUGUGGAUUUUAUGGAAAUCCUAGGACAAGUGGCAUGUGUUCUGUUUGCUACAAAGAAUAUCUUCAACGUCAGCAGAAUAGCAGUAUAAUCAGCCCAACAGGUAAAGGUACAGCUAGUGGUUCAAACACUCCUACCUCAGACUCUGCAUCUAUACAACAAGCAGAUGCAAGUUUAAACAAUUGUGAAGGAGCUGCCAGUAGCACAUCUGAAAAAUCAAGAAAUGUGCCUGUUGCCGCUUUGCCUGUAAUGCAGCAAAUGACAGAAAUGAGCAUUUCAAGAGAGGAAAAAGUAACACCGAAAACAGAGACUGAGCCAGUUAUUACUCAACCAAGUCCAUCGGUUUCCCAGAGUAGUAAUUCACAGAGUGAAGAGAGAGCUUCUGAACUUCCCAAACCAAAGAAGAACAGAUGUUUCAUGUGCAGAAAGAAGGUUGGUCUUACAGGAUUUGACUGCCGAUGUGGAAACUUAUUUUGUGGACUUCACCGUUAUUCUGACAAGCAUAACUGCCCAUAUGAUUACAAAGCAGAAGCUGCAGCAAAAAUCAGGAAAGAGAACCCAGUUGUGGUGGCUGAAAAAAUCCAGAGAAUAUAAACUAACCUAUUUAUGAAAAGACUGUUUAAUGUUUUCCUAGGAUAUAUUAAAAUUAAAGAGCAGAUGCAUG